AUGAGUUCUAGUGGACCAGAUAGCGGGAAGAGUGGACAGUACCGCGUGGACCAUCUUCUAAGUGCGGUGGAAAGUGAAUUGCAGGCAGGAAGCGAGAAAGGAGAUCCCACAGAGAGGGAACUGAAAGUCAAUCUGGAAGACCUGGAUCUGUGGUUAAAAUUUAAGGAGCUGACUAACGAAAUGAUCGUUACAAAGAACGGCAGGAGGAUGUUUCCCGUACUCAAAGUGAAUGUGUCGGGGCUAGAUCCCAACGCUAUGUACUCGUUCGUGUUGGAUUUUGUGGCUGCCGACAAUCACCGCUGGAAGUAUGUGAACGGGGAGUGGGUUCCAGGCGGAAAACCGGAACCCCAGGCUCCGAGUUGUGUUUACAUCCACCCGGACUCGCCCAACUUCGGAGCGCACUGGAUGAAAGCCCCCGUUUCCUUCAGUAAAGUCAAACUCACCAACAAACUCAAUGGCGGAGGACAGAUCAUGUUGAACUCUCUGCACAAGUACGAGCCCAGAAUUCACAUUGUACGAGUCGGGGGACCUCAAAGGAUGAUCAGCAGUCAUUCGUUCCCGGAGACACAGUUCAUAGCCGUGACGGCUUAUCAGAAUGAAGAAAUCACAGCUCUUAAAAUUAAGUACAAUCCAUUUGCAAAAGCCUUCCUUGAUUCGAAAGAGAGAAGCGAUCACAAGGAAAUGUUGGAUGACGUGGGUGACAGUCAACAAUCCGGAUAUUCGCAAUUAGGUGGCUGGUUUCUGCCUGGCACAGGUAGCCUGUGUCCUCCUUCUAAUGCUCAUGCUCAGUACGGAGGACCCCUCUCUCUCUCCGCUCCCCAUGGCUGCGAACGUUAUUCCACCCUGAGGAAUCACCGCUCCGCUCCAUACCCCAGCCCGUACACACACAGAAACAACUCGCCAACCGGUUAUUCCGAUAACUCCUCGGCUUGUCUCUCCAUGCUUCCCAGCCACGACAACUGGUCCGGUCUACAGGUCUCUACGCAUACUAGCAUGCUGCCCAUGACACACAAUACCGGCACUGCCACCAACUCCAGCCAAUACCCGAGUCUGUGGUCAGUCAGUAACAGCACCAUCACCCCCGUGUCCCAGUCUGGGACCAUGUCCAACGGCUUGAGCUCACAAUUCCUGCGGGGUUCUCCAGCUCAUUACCCACCUUUGGCUCAUUCAGUGAGCGCCACCUCCUCGGGAUCGCCAUUGUAUGACAGUGGAACCGGAAUGGAGCUUUCUGACAGUCAGUUCGACACUUCUCCGCACAGCAGACUCUCCUCCACGUGGACUCCAGUUACUCCCCCAUCCAUGUGA